CUGCCUUUGAUAAACCCUCCUGACUCGUUUCUUUCCCCCCUCUUCAUCACCUUCAGUCCAAUUUCAAUCCCUCUUCACUAUGUCGGGACAGGAGCCAGUCGUCUCCCACGGCCGAGGAGGCCAUGGGAAUAUCGGUGCCGACGCGACGCAAUACGUCGACGGCGAAAUUGUCCGUGAAGGACAGUACGGCGACCAAGGCGACGGCGCAUACUCUGCUGGCCGCGGUGGCGCCGGGAACAUUGGAUCCCCGCAUGUUCGUCCCUCGUCGCGGGCACCGCACGACUCGGAAAUUAUUCCUGAGCUGGCGAUUCGUGACUCGAUGGAUGGAGAUUAUCAUACUGGGCGCGGUGGACAAGGGAAUGUCCAUUUGGAUGAGGAACAUCGCAAGGACAAGGAGAAGCGGAAGUCGGGUGCGGUGCAUGAGGGACUCGCCGAUAAAUUGAAGAAUAAGUUGUUGGGAAGGAAGUGAUAUUGAUAAUAUUCUUGAUACCUAUCCAGAACAGCUGUUGAUGAAUACAUAAGUCUUUACUUUCUAUUGAGCAUGCAGGCCCUAGACUGGAGAAAGGGAGAAUACCACUAGAUAUUGUACCGAGUCAUAACUCAUAUAAAGCAUAUCAAACAUAGAAAAAAAAAAGAACCCUCGGCUGCAAUCCCGUUCCUUCCCGUUCCUAACGCCAU